AAGGCAAUGAGGUUGGAUAUUCAAAUAUCCUUUGACUUCUUUCUUCCCAUCUUCUUGUAUGACAUCGAAUCCUAAAGCCUUUCAAAGCUCCGAUAAACACCUAAUUAUAUCUACAAUAUUCGAGUAAUUGAGUAAAUAAAUCACAUCUCUAUGUCCUUCCUCCAUAUCAAAAACAUUUAGUUGUUUCGUUCGUUCGCUCGUUCGUUCUUUCCUGCGACAUUCUCACAGAAGCGAAAGUUCAAUAUCGAGACAAGUCUUACUUCAUAUCCGUUCUAAGAUUAAUUAAAACAUCUUACCAGAGUAAAAAUGUAACAUCAGGAAUACCAGCAUUAACUCAGACAUUCGUUUCAUUAUUCAUACAUAUGAUAAUAUGUAAGUCAGCCCUCCAUUGUCAAUUUCGAGAGAAGGUGGAAAGAAAGAACAUUGUGCUACUGCUGAUCAUAAUUGCAUGUAUAGAUUGUUAUGAUGGAGCAGCUCUUGUUUUCAAAUAGGUACGUAUAUGUGCAUUGCUCGUGCUUGAAUGUACCAAUGGGAGUACCUUCUGGUGUUGACAAAAUCCCUUCACAAAUUCUAAAUCCUCAAUUCUAAAUUUUACAUCCAGAUUCUCAGUCCUUGAGGUUGAGCACAUUGACGAAGAAACCGACGACGAGUCAAUCCCCCAGCAAAAAUUCGAAUUCACAUCACCCCAUAAACAAACAACCAAACAUCCUCAUCCUCUCUCCUCUGACUACAAGGACCAUUCCGCAAGAAUACCACCCCUCUUAAGAAUACCCCGAGAAUUACGCUGGACUAUAUUCGACGAACUCAUAGCCCAAACAACAGAAAUAGAAAUCGGUCCCUCAACAAUCGACAGCUUCCACGCCCUUCGACUCACCACCAAAAGUCUCCGCGAAGAAGUAAAAGCAUGGGCAAAAAAAAGACCAGAUCUCAUCAAUGCAUUCCCAUAUGGUUAUUUCAAGCCCUCACAGACUGCAUUCGUGUUAAAGAUUGAUCAUCGCUGGAAUAAAGUAUUCAAACAUAAAACCGUUUCUGGUUCUCACGUCACAUUUAGAAAUCGAUGUGCCAAGUCUGGUACUCGUUCCGGGGAUACGACAGGUAUUAAGUAUAUGACGAGGGAACAAGCUUGGUAUAGUUUCUGUCGAUCGCAAAUGCCGAAGAAUAUUGUCAAGAUGAAUCUCAAAAUCGAAAUCCGGGUCCACGAUGGAUUUGCGCCGGAAAAUCUGAGUUCAAUUUCUAGGAACGAAUUAUUUGAUGUUUUAGCCGCAGCGCGAUAUCAUUCUGGAGCACCAUGGGCUUCAAUGCGCUUAUACUUACAUGGAACACUUGAUCAAAUCGAUACUUUGGAUGAUAUAGCCAUGGUACCGCAGUUAUGGGAUUUGGUUCAUCUAACACAACAAUCACAAUUUGACGAGCAGACCUGGAAAGAUUUUCGUGAUAGUAGAUGGUCGGAUAAUGAUUACGAUGCGUUGGAAUAUCCGUUCAAGGUUAUUUAUUGGGAAGAUGAGAAAUGUAUGUUAUACAAGCGGAAGAAGGAUGGAGAGCUUGUUUAUGAGUUUGGUGGUAGGGUUAUGGAGUUUAUUGUUAAUUCGGCGGAGGAUAUGCGGCGGGGUCCGGUCUCGUCAUCGCUCACUUUGGCUCCUCAGUCUUCGAAAUCUCUUAUGCAUGUUAGGAGCUCGAGUUUGCUCUUGGGAUUGGAAUGAGUUAGAGUCUGUGGAGGAUUCGUGAGGUUGUAAACCAGCGGCUGGUCUUCUCGAGGGAUAGCUUAUCUGUAAAGUACCUAGUAGCUAGUUGAAGAGCGAGGAAUUUCAAAGUACAGGUCCGAAGUCUGGUAAUAGCUUAGACAACGAGCUACGUAUUAGCAUGACUGGAAAGGAAGAAAGCGAUGAAUUUCUCAAAUUUUGUAGGUAUGACAAUUGGUCAGGAGAAAUAGACAUGGGGA